ACACACAUCUGCUGACUGAAUCUCUAUAGCUUUCUUUGUGUCCGCUUUUCUCUUUGGCGCCGCGAUAUCUACUAUUUUCGCGCAGCCAUGGCAGGGUACACACACUGUGUAGUGCCCAUGUGUCCUAAAACUUACAGCCGGUUUGCAGGAAAACCAUACACGAUGUCCCGCAAGAGAUGUUAGAUCACAUUAUUGGUUUCAUACGGGACAAGAAGGCACUCAAGGCGUGCGCGUUGACGCAUCGCUCUUGGACACUCGUGAGCCAACAACGGCUUCAUGCGGCACGAGUCUACCACCCGUCAUUCAAUUACAACAAAGAAUUUGCACACUGGUACUCAAAACCUACAAUCGCAGCACUAGUACGAUACAUGAUCCUCGUGAGGCCACCUUCGCCGACAGACGACGUGACGACUUGGACCGUGUUUUCGCGCUUUACCCGCGUGACCAAGCUCACGAUAGCGCUCAUGGACUGGAUAUACUGCUCUGCAGCUGACCGUGACUGGCUGAGCGUGGCGUUUGGACAGGUUACAGAGCUGACCCUGGUUUGUGGCGCCUGGCGGCAUGGAGAAGACCUCGUCUUCUUCCUUUCUGCGUUCCACAAAGUUACGAGACUUCGUCUGGACGAGUGCAGGCUCCUUCCUGAGAUGGAACUAGACUUUGAACGCUUCCCUUGUCAGACUAUCGAGACUAUUCCUGGCUCCAAGCUGCGGAGCUUGGCAGUCAUUGGCAUCCUGGGUGGGCCCAAUCAGCUAAACCCGCUAAGGCUCAUAGGCCCUUGGUUGUCACAUCUUCCAAAGGUAGUCGAGGAAGGACUACAUUUUGAGUGGCUCUCCGGAACUGGCUUCGCUACGUUUCCGCACUAUGUUCGCACCAUGGGUCCCGUGUUGGCCCAGCUGGAUGUCUCACUCGUUGGUGACAAUUAUAGCUGUUCCAACUUCGGACUUGAGACGUGUACACAGCUGCAGAACUUCAUUGCCAGUCGUCUCUGUCAGCCUCAGGGCUUUCCCAUCAAUAAUAACGGGGACAACAAUAACGGGGACAAUCAUUGGGUCUCGCGGAUGCUCUCGCAAGUUCGCUCGUCGUAUGUGGAGUCUGUCCGAUUCAAUCUCGAACCACGCAGCCUUGCGGACCUUCGGACACUCAAUUUUAAGCUCAUCGACAUCAUUCUCAGCCAAGCACGCUUUGCAAAGACGACGCUUACUCUCUCUCUCGCCACAAGUACCCAGCGCUACCGUGACUGGCAAGGCUCCCAAGAGGGCCCGAUUCAUGACUUGGACAUGGACGACUUCACAUCUUUUAUCCAAAACGAGAUGGAAAAUUUAUGGGCGCAAGGGAGGAUUGUUCUCGUAGCCGCAUAGCACGUCCCCGCGCUCGGCGAGAUCAUUUUGUUGCGUAUCGUUUCUUGGGCUUAGUGGUUUGCUACAGGUUCAAACGACUAUCUCCUUCUGUUAUGUUCUAAAGUAGUUUGAUCUCUUGGAAUGCCACCAAUUUCA